AUCACUUCUUUUUUUUUAUCAAAAAAAAAUAUAGAAUGAAAAAUAAACAUCGAACUGAACUAUUUUAUAAUAAAUAAAGUGAAUUUUGUGCAAUAAUUAUACUGUGCAUUUGGUUUUAUUUAUAAAAGUUUUUUUUUUAUAUGGAUAAUUAACAUUUUAUGAUAGUCGUGUAUGGUAUUUUGCUCUGAGUAAAUUAACAAAUCCAAUCCUUAUGUUUUAUCACUAUAUGAAAUGAAAAAUGAAUAACAGUUCCGACUUUAUACUAUACGAGCUUCAUUGCUCUAAAGACGCCCUUACUGACAAUUAUGGAUGGUUCAUGCAAUUCUUAUUGGCUGUUCUUGCUUUCACUUGCUUAAUCGGGAAAAGAUUCUGUGAACCUCGAUAUGCUAGAAGACCAUGGCUGAUUUGGUUUUAUGAUACAUCAAAACAAGGACUAGGAGCUCUCAUCAUUCAUGCAGCCAAUGUGUGGCUCUCUCCACAUCUCACUGGUAACCCUUGUACAUGGUAUAUAGUGAACUUCAUGUUAGAUUCUACCCUUGGUCUUCUCAUUAUUUGGGCAGGAAUUAGACUUGCUCAAUAUUGGGCUAGAGAAUAUGAUAUACCUCUUAUAAAUUUUGGUGAAUAUGGGAAGCCUCCAAUGUUCGCAGCAUGGAUAUGUCAGUGCAUACUGUAUGCAGCACUGGCAACAUUUGCUAAAUCAGUAUUAGCCCUGGUUUUGCGAUUGCCACCUGUGACAGCACUGCUGUCCAACCUGCGGCUGUCGCCUGUUACAGAUCCGCGGCUUGAGCUUGCCGUAGUAAUGCUCAUUAUACCCUUCUUUGUUAAUAUUUUAAUAUUCUGGGUAACAGACAACUUUCUUAUGUAUCAUCCAAGAGGAGUCAGUUCGAAAAUUAAAACAAAGGUGCGUUACCAAUCUAUUAAGAAAGAAAAGUCAGCAUCCGAUGAAGAAGAGCAUUCAGCAGAUGAACGUCUACUGGGAGCUAAUGUAUGACCAUACUGCAAGCCCACGGUCUUUCGGGCAUAAUCAAAGUUAUUGACAGGUUUUCAGUUAUUUCUCGCCCUAGCCACAUAAUGUUGUAAGAUCCUAUAACAGUUUAAAGCAUCGCAUCUUUUAAUUAUUACUAAACUUAUUCGACGUUGGGAAAAAUGUUUUAUGCAGAGUAACCUAGAGUAUAUAUAAAACAACCAGUGUUUGCCCACUUUAAAAAAUAGUGUCUAUAUGUUGGUUGCGUUGAUGUGGAUUCGCUAAAUAGUGCUGUGAUUGAUUUUUAGUAAAUUUAUAAUUAAUAAUUUGUGAAGUGAAAGAAAUGCGUUCUAAUUUAUCACAGGUGAAAGUUAGUUACUUUUUAAAGAUUACUUCUAUCAUCCUAUUCUAAUCAUUAUAAAUGUACCUUGACCAAAUAGACUGGACAGACUCACGCUGAGAACCUCCCAGACUCGUGAAUGGUAAAUAUUUGUGAGUGAGUGAGUCUGUACCGCCUAAAACGAUUGUCUUUGACGGAUACUAAUGACUCAAUAAGGGGCCGUCCAUAAAUCACGUGAGAAUUUUUGACCUCCCCUAACCCUUGGUUAUCACCAAGGGGCACAUGGCGAGGUUUGAGACACCCCCCCCCCCCUCUAUCUAAAUUACGUGUAUUUUUAGUACCAGCAAAAAACUUAAUUUUUGACGUCGCUUUUCGAUUUAAUAAUCGUGCGUCGAGGGAAAACUAAAUACACGUGAUAUAUUACUAUACCCCCACUCCACCCCCUUGUGUUUUUUCGUGAUUUUUUACGAACCCCCUUACCCCUUUCGAGCCUCACGCGAUUAAUGAACGGCCCCUAACUAGUUUACAAUUUAUUCUCACGACAUACGGCUCCUUAAAGAAUAUUUCUGAUGCGAUUUAAAAUUGCAUUAUUUAAUUUAGGAAUAAAAUUAUAAUCGGUGAACAAAAUUUCAAUACGUUAAAUUAUAUUCACGCUUUUUUCUUUACAUUUUUAGCCCACUAACAGAAGAGAUAAAAAAAGAAAAGAGAUGUCUUUAAAGUGGCAGCUAAUUAUUAUAAACCUACAUCCAGAAGUUUAUUGAUUUUUGUCAAUUUAACUACAGUUAGUUAACUUCUAUUAAAAUAAAUAUUCAAUUAUCAAUUUUUAAUUUACAUGAAUAAAAACAAAUCUUACUCAGCUAUAAUAUGUUCUAAGUGCUUAAUAAAGAAAUUGUAUACUUAUAUAUUUUUUUCCUAUAUCUAAUAAAUAUUUUAAGAACGUGCAUCAAGUAACAAAUAAUGUUGGCGAAACAUGAAAAUUGUAUAUAAAUUUAUUUGCCUUAAUCAAGGGUUAAUAAUUAUUUUAUUUUAUAGCUCUUUAAUUUUAUUAUCUAAGCUCAAACAAUAUUACGUAGCGAGGGCCAGUAUAUUUUAUCGAUAUAAUCGUAGAUUAUAAGCGGAUCAUACAAAUUUUAUUGGAAAUUUCAUUUCAUAUCAAAUGGUAAAUAAGUACAAGUAUUUGAUUGUUAUGAUAAAAUAAAUCUUUUGGGUAAUUAUAUUUUGCGGUCUUGUGUUACUUUGAUAACUGUGCCCUUUACGCAAAUAUAGCGGAGAUCCUGGUAACAUAACUAUGAACGUCAUUUUUUAUUUUGCCAUACGAUUUAAUCCGUCUAUCUAUAUAAUAGUUCACGGAAAAAGUUUCUUCGCAUUUUAUAUG